AUGUCCGAGUUGCGCUGCUGGUGUGGGGAAGCCAGGGCUGAUUUUCCUCUGCCUUUCACUCAGGAGGAAGAGACAAAGCGGCUGCUGGAGCCGGCAGCCAGCCCACCCAACAAGGUGCUGAACGGAGCGGAGCAGAGCUACCACAACCUCCCGUCGGCACGCACGGAUGAGCAGGCCAUGCUGUCCUCCAUCCUCGCCAAAACAGCCAUCAACAUCAUCGAUGUGUCGGCAGCGGAUUCCCAGGGCAUGGAGCAGCACGAGUACAUGGACAGAGCCAGGCAGUACAGCACACGCCUGGCCAUGCUCAGCAACAACCUGACGCACUGGAAGAAGCUGCCCCUGCUGCCAUCUCUGACCAACCAACCACACCAAGUGCUCGCCAGCGACCCUGUCCCCUUCGCAGACCUGCAGCAGGUGUCCCGGAUAGCCGCCUAUGCCUUCAGUGCGCUCUCACAGAUCCGUGUCGACGCCAAAGAAGAACUGGUUGUACAGUUUGGCAUCCCCUGAACCUGCCCCCACCACUGCUGCUUCAGCGCUUUGGGUUGUUUUUGGUUUAUUUCCUGAUUGUUUUUUUUCCUCUUUAUAUCCCUUCCCUUCCCCAUGCUGCUGCCACAGAACUUGGACAGAUAUCCUGUUUCCUACUAAAUGCCAAGGCGCACAUCAUUGGCACAUUGAGCCCACCUACAUUGCUUGAGGCUUUCUCCUCCUCGUGGGUGUGUGUGGGUGUGCGUGGGGAGCAGGCUGUGUCAGCUGGAUGCUGCCUUGCACAGGGACAAGCACAAAGGGAACAGCUGCUGCAAGGAGGCCCUGGUGUGGGUCAGCACCACGUGCCAGGUUACCAGGACGGGUGGGCUGGAGCCAGGCAGAUGUGAUGCUCUGCAUGGGGCCUGGUGGCUCCAACACCAUCCCUUCUCCUUUCUACAUGUUUAGACCUUUGUUUUGGCUGUUUGGUUUUUGGUUUUGUUGGGUUUUUUUAAUUAUUAUUUUUUGCCACAGUCAAUAAAGCCACGUUCAUCCAG